GACAAACGGACAGAAGCAUCAGUGUCACGCUCCAUGUUGUGUAGGGCGGAUGUCAGGCGUGAGUGUAAGCUGCAGCAGGGGGAACACGCCGCCAGGCUUCACCACUCAUCACUGCCACGCACUGCUGGCAUCACCAAGCACACUGUGACACACUCGGUUGGAUGAAGUGGCGACAGGUGGUGUACGAGGGGGAUGCCCCCCUGGGGCCCAUGGCAGGACGACCUCCCCCGCCGCCACACCCAACGCCACCACACCUAUCUAUUAGGCCCCAGGUCCAGAUUGUUACCCAGCAGCAGCACCAACAGCAGCAACAGCAGCAGCAUCAGCAGCAGCAGCAGCAGCAGCAUCAGCAGCAGCAGCAGCAGCAGCUCCAGUGCAUGGAGUACAGCCGUGCCCUGGCUCGCUCACAGGAUGAUGAACAAGUGAACUACUUCUGCCAGCGGCCGCCCACAGAUGCAGACUUUGCCUACCACCAGAAGGGCCACCGCUGGGCCCUUGGCGACGACUCCGUCAUUGACGUUAGCAGACGAGUUGAAUACGGACAACAGAUUGCGCCGGCCAAGAAGCUAUGGGGCGUGGAGGAGGGCAAGGCAGACAAUAAGGGAAUAUUCAACAUAGGGGAGGCGUCAUGGAGAGAGGCGCCCUGGAGCACUGGCGCCCCACAUGCUGCUGCCCCCCACCACCACAGUGUGGGGCAGAGCCAUGGGCUGGGCAUGGCGGGGGUGGGGCAGAGGGGGCCGGCCCGCCCCCCGCAGUUCACCGGUGGAGACUCAGUGCUCUCCCCGCGCGCCUCUGACCACGCGGGCGUCGGCCUCAAGAUGGUGGAGUACGUGCUGGCCUCAUCGCCCACCGGCAAGGAUCUCGACACUAGGAUGGCCAACCUCGCCCUCAGAAACGGAGGAGCCGAGAGUGGCAAGGACAAGAAGGACAAAGCUCCCUCGCCCUUUGACCCGACCAAGAAGGACGUGGAGAAUGGCGGCGGCAGCGGCGCACCACAGACGAACGGAAUUGUGCAGAAUGGACUUGACGAGGACAAGACUUUUAACCGAACCCCCGGCAGCCGGCAGGGGUCUCCCUCGGAGGAAGACCUGAACAAGAAUGGUAUGGUGGCGGGUGUGGGUGUAGGGGUGGGCGUGGGGGUGAAGGAGCCGGAGCUGGUGGGCAGCGGCGUGGUGAUGGGCGGCCCAGCACCCGUGCUGGGCCACCUGGACCACCCUGGCUUUGAGAGCGUGGGGGGCGGUGCAGUGGGUGGCAUGGGCGGCCCCGCUGGCAUGCUGGACCCCAGCAUGGGCGGUGCCGGGGGCCCAUUCUCAUCACCCGCUGGCCCAGACUACAACAGCAUGGCUGCCAGCAUCCCCAUGGACUCUCCCACGCCACUGCUUCCUGCUGGACACGGCGGACCUCAGCCACAGAACUUCACGGACACUCAGCAGCUGUUCAGGAAUGCACAGCAGCAGCAAGGAGGUGGACCCAAUCCUCAACAGAUUCAACUUCUGGCACAGCAACAGUAUCUGGCAGCUCAGGCAGCACAACAGCAAGGCCUGGCAGCAGCCCCUCCCGCAGCCUUCAGCGCACCCUAUGUCAUCAACACUCAGGAGCCAUAUGUUGGCACUCUAAUCACUGGUCCAACAGCAGUAAUUCCCCAGUACUAUGGCGUGCACUGGGGAGUGUACCCAGCUAACAUCAUCCAGCAGUCUGGGCCAAGUGGACAGGCACGGCGGCCCCUCUCCCCCUCCCAACCCUCAGAGGUGACCAGCCAGAGCAAUGGUAACUUAGCAGCAUCAGCAGCAGCGGCGGCAGGCAACAUGCAGGGCCCUCUAUCACAGUACCAGCAGGUGAUUCCUGCAUACUACGACCAGAACGGAGCAGUGUUGAUGGGCAACCUGCGUGGUGUUGGCAAUGGUGCACCGGUGAGGCUGGUGUCCCCUGCCCCAGUGCUCAUCAAUGGCGCCAAUGGGGCCCAGGCAGCAGCAGCCGGGAACAUGAGGCUUUUGAGUAAUCAGGCCCCCCAGAUUGGCACCCCCCCUGCCUCCCUGUACAACAGCAGCCAGACCCCAAGCCUCAACAGCAGCCAGACCUUCGCCGGCAGCACCAUAGCAGAUUCCCUCUCGCAAGGUCUCCAGACUUCCAAUGCACUAACAGGGAACAACUACUCGUUGGGGCUGCAAAAUAGUAGUCUAGGUUUUGGCAAUAGCACUCUGGGCACCAUUGGAUCCCCUGCUAUUGGCAAUUUGGGUGGUGGGCUUGGUGGGAGCAGCAUGGGGCGGAGGGACUCCCUGGACCGCACCACUUCAGUCCUGUCCCCGCUGUCCCAGGACUUCCGCAGUGCCAAGUGGACCAGUAACUAUGGCGCGCUAGGCACUGUCACAGCCUCCCCAGGUCCCAUUGGGCUCACUUCGGGCAAUCUGACACCACCACCACCCAGUCUGGGGAACACUUCCUCAGCGCUGCCACUGGGUGCCCUCAUGUCCGGCAACAGGGUCAUCUCGGCCGCUCCUGGUGCCGAGGCAAAGUUCCGCAAUGGUUCAGCCAACGGAAUGUUCAACUCAGGCGGCCCAUCAUCGCUGUUCCCACCCCUCAAGAGAAACCUGAGCCUAGACAAGUGCACAGGACGGUCUCGUCUCUUGGAAGACUUCAGGAACAACCGUUUCCCCAACUUGCAGCUGAGGGACCUGGCCAACCACAUUGUGGAGUUCAGCCAGGACCAGCAUGGCUCCAGGUUCAUCCAGCAAAAACUUGAGCGAGCAACACCCGCAGAAAAGCAGAUGGUGUUCAAUGAGAUCCUGACCGCUGCCUACUCUCUCAUGACAGAUGUGUUUGGAAACUAUGUGAUUCAGAAGUUCUUUGAGUUUGGAACACCAGAGCAGAAGACGGUGCUGGCCAACAAGAUCCGUGGCCAUGUGUUACCCCUGGCCCUGCAAAUGUACGGGUGCCGGGUCAUUCAGAAAGCCCUGGAGUGCAUCGCCCAAGACCAGCAGAAGGACAUUGUGCGUGAGCUGGAUGGCCACGUGCUCAAGUGUGUCAAGGAUCAGAAUGGAAACCACGUGGUACAGAAAUGCAUAGAAUGUGUUGACCCCAUGGCCUUGCAGUUCAUCAUUAAUGCUUUCCAGGGCCAAGUGUUCACCCUGUCAACUCAUCCAUAUGGCUGCCGCGUCAUUCAGCGCAUCCUGGAACACUGCACAGGAGAGCAGACUGCACCCGUGUUAGAGGAGCUGCACCAACACACCGAGCAACUCUUACAGGACCAGUACGGCAACUAUGUCAUCCAGCAUGUACUUGAACAUGGAAAACCUGAAGACAAGAGUAAGAUCGUUGGUGUUGUAAGAGGAGGAGUGCUCAAGCUUUCCCAACACAAGUUUGCCUCCAACGUGGUAGAGAAGUGUGUCACUCAUGCCACACGUGCUGAGCGAGCCAUGCUGAUUGAGGAGGUAUGUGGGUAUAGCGACAGUGCCCACAGCUCCCUGUUGGUGCUGAUGAAGGACCAGUAUGCCAACUAUGUAGUGCAAAAGAUGAUUGAUGUAGCCGAGCCAGCACAGCGCAAGAUGCUCAUGCACAAGAUACGACCCCACAUCUCAACGCUUCGCAAGUACACUUACGGGAAGCACAUUCUCGCUAAGCUGGAGAAAUACUUAACGAAAAAUGCCCCCGACACCAUGGGACCGAACAUGACCAGCCCACUCUGAGCCAGUUUGUGGCUGGCCACCACCACCAUCACCACCUCCACCACCACCACCACUGCUGCCAUUGUCGCUGCUGCUAACACCACCACCACCACUAGGAAGAGAAGCAAUGAAUUGUUAAUGGCACUUGAAGGCAUGGAGGAUUUCAAUCAAAGGGAAAAGUUGCAGCAAGCAGUUGAGGGAAGAAGAGCAACAUUUAGGAGAUGUAAGAGUAAUCUGCUUCAUCCUUAAGUGUUGGAGUCACCACUGCCACUCGCCACGCCUCCUUCAGUGCCACACAAAAUAUGUUGAGGUUGGAUGGCUCAAAAAAUGUGUGCAGUUGAUUUAGAUGUACCUAUUUUCACUUUUUCAUUAUUUUUCAUAUAAUGAUGUAUUCAUUGUUUCUUUCUUUCUUUCUUCAAGACAAAAGUAAAAGAGAAGCAUUGAUUUUUGACAAAUCUGAAUAAUUCAGCAUUUUAUCAGGAAAGAACAAGUUAUGUUAAUCUUGAAGACGCUCAGUGUACGGAACGUCAAGACUGUCCGUACCUCUAAAUUGUUGACAAUGUGUUGGUCAUUAUCUGUACUGCAGCCUCAGAUUGCAGGCGGCACACCUUAUGAGUGAAUUGCUGAUGUGAAUGUUGAAUGAUGACAACUUGACUUAUAAUAAUAAUUAUUAUUAUUAUUAUUA